GUUGCACUCCGGAGCAUAUCACCGACGGACCGCGCUGUGUCCAUGCCCGUCAACUCGUCCUUUGCUAAUGCCGCUGCUAAGCUAAUGUUGAUUUCUGUUCAGCGUUUGUUUACAUGAGUAAAAUAUAUUAAUUAAAAUAUAACGAUGACGUCCAGAGGGACCCCGAGCCGCUUCCUGUGCAGCGUCCUGCAGAACGGAAUCGGUCGAUAUGUUACUCAGCUGAAACGAGUUUCCAUCGUCUUCUCUAAAAACGGUCAGAGCUCUCUGGGAGUCAGGGAGUUCAUUGAGGAGGGAGUGGUGGAUUAUGCCAAGAAGAACCCUGGAACUGUCGUCUACGUGUCUCCUAAGUCCUGCAGGAUUCCUAAAAUAGUUGCAGAAUACUUAAACGGCAGCGUGAGGGAGGAACUCAUCACCAGCAAAACAGCUCCACAGAUUUCAGAGCUUUUGACCAAACUGACCAACCAGUCCGGCCUCGACAUCAUCCGCAUCCGCAAACGCUUCCACACGGACAACCCGAGCAUCCAGGGCCAGUGGCACCCGUUCACCAACAGACCGCCGUCCAUCGGGGUCAUCAGGCCGCAGGAACAGGACCCUAAAUGAGGACUAAAGCCAAAACUAGUGUUAAAUUAAACUGUUCCUGCAAGAUAUGUCUUUGUUUUAAAGCUUCAGUCUGGUCAAGCAGUUCAUGUUGCAGCAGUUUGUUGCUCUUCACAUUUUUCCCCUUGUUUGGUGGCAGCUCUACAGAGAACAUUUCCAUCUCUGAAUGCCACAUUUGAAGAGACUUCACAUAAAUUCUCUGGAGGCUUUUGUCAGAUGGCCUUAUACAAACAAAAAAAAGCAGAUAACUGUGUUUUUAUCUCAAGGUUAUUUGACGAUUCAUUGUAGUAAAGAGCAGCACUUGGGCGCAGAGUUGUAAUGAAAUGAUAAUAAUAAAAAGAAUGUUAUUGUGCAAA